AUGUCUGGUGCAGCAACUACCGCAUACACAACGCCAGCCUACGCUGUGAAAAGCCGCGAUGCAAAGUUUGAAAAGUGGUCGUGUCCUCGGCGGGCGCCAACUGCCGAUGACGUACGUAUUCAGAUCGAGUACUGUGGGAUCUGUCACAGCGACGUUCACCAGGCCCGGGACGAGUGGACUGGAUCGAUCUAUCCUAUGGUUCCUGGGCACGAAAUCGUUGGCAAAGUAGUACAGACCGGAGAGAACGCUCGGACGAAAGGAAAGUUCAAGGAGGGUGAUAUUGUCGGAGUUGGCUGCUUCGUUGACUCGUGCCGAGCCUGUGAGAACUGCAAGAACGGUCUCGAGGUGCAGUUCUGCCCGCAGCUCGUGAUGACAUAUAACGGGCGGGACAAGGCAGGAGAGCCAACUUAUGGUGGCUACUCCCGGGAGAUCGUCGUCGACUACCGGUAUGUGCUGCGAAUUCCGGAGAAACUCGCCAAGCCCGACGUGCUCCCGCGAGUGGCGCCGCUGCUCUGCGCAGGCAUCACCACGUACUCGCCGCUGCAUUACGUAGGUGUCAAGAAGGGCAUGCGUGUGGGCAUCCAUGGUCUCGGGGGUCUGGGGCAUGUCGCGGUGCGUCUUGCCAAGGCCAUGGGUGCAACAGUGGUGGUCCUCAGCCGCUCCGAGAAGAAACGACAGGACGCGCUCGAGCUCCUCAAAGCUGAUCAGUAUCUGCUGACCAGUGACGAAGAAACCAUGAAACGUGAAGCGGGAACCUUCGACCUGAUUCUGGACACGGUUUCAGCACCGCAUGAACUUACGGUCUUGACCAACCUGUUGCGACGUGACGGGAAAUUGUGUCUUUUGGGCAUCCCACCAAAGCCAUACGUCGUCCCAGCGCAGGCACUCGUGUUUGGACGGCGCUCGAUUUUCGGAUCGCUCGUGGGUGGCAUCAAGGAAACGCAAGAGAUGCUGGACUUUUGCGCAAAGCACAACAUUACCUGUGAGAUCGAAAUGGUCAGCCCGAACCAGAUCGAUGAGGCCUACGAACGAAUGACCCGCUCUGAUGUGCGGUAUCGGUUCGUGAUUGAUAUCAAGCAACUCGAGACGGCGUGA